GGGUGCGGCGGGAACUGCCGCUGGAGAACCCGGGGCUGCGGGGGGAGCUGCCGCUGGAGCGGCGGGAAGCAGCGCUCCCCGCCGGAGCAUCCGGGGGUGCGGCGGGAACUACCGCUGCCGGAGCCCCCGGCGCCCCACGGGGCGCAGCAUGGAGAGCCCCGCGGUCACCUUCACGCUGGCCUACCUGGUGUUCGCCGUGUGCUUCGUGUUCCCGCCCGACGAGGUGCGCUCGGCGGGGCUGACGGUGCAGAGCCUGCUGUCCGCCUGGCUGGGCAGCGAGGACGCGGCCUUCGUGCAGUACCACCUGCGGCGCAGCACCGGCACGCUGCUUGCCCACUCCCUGCUGCCCCUGGGUUAUUACCUUGGUAUGUGCUUUGCUGCACCUGAAAAACAUCUUUGUUUUUUCUACCUGGCCUCAAAAGAGUGGAAAACUUUCUUCUUCUUCGCCGUUCUCCUCCCAGCAAUCACCAGUGCCCUGGCAUAUUACUGGUCACGGAAAGGUUGGAAUAAUCACCCUCUAGCCCGGACACUCGCUGUUCACGCCCUCCCGCAGUCGGGUUGGAGGGCAGUAGCUUCUUCCAUCAACACAGAAUUUAGGAGAAUCGACAAAUUUGCUACCGGAGCACCAGGAGCCAGAGUGAUCGUUACGGACACAUGGGUGAUUAAAGUGACCACCUACUGUUUACAUGUUGCCCAGCAGCAGGACAUUCACCUGACGGUGACAGACUCCAGACAGCACGAACUCACACCAGAUUCCAACGUGCCUGUGCAGUUCCUCACCAUCCGAGUUGCCAGUGUAAAUCCCUACGUCAAGGCAUUCGAUAUCCGGUUGAACUCCACAGAGUAUGGGGAGCUCCGGGAGAAGCUCCGUGCUCCAAUCAGCAAUGCAGCUAAUGUUGUGAUCCAUCAAAGCCUUAGUGAUUUAUUUUUAGAAACCUUUACAUCUCUGGUGGAAAUAAACCAGACAUACCAUGUUCCAAGCACUCAGGAGCUGGAGCCAUGCAUAGGGUGUAUGCAGACUAUUGCCAACAUCAAGCUCAUCAAGAACUGCCAGGAGCCGAACGAGGGGGAAUGCCAGCAGUGCUACUGCCGGCCCAUGUGGUGCCUCACCUGCAUGGGCAAGUGGUUUGCCAGCAGACAGGACCAGCAGCACCCAGAGACCUGGCUGUCGAGCCAAGUGCCUUGCCCGACUUGCCGAGCCAAAUUUUGCAUUCUAGAUGUUUGCCUAAUACGAUGAAUAGUAACUUGGGUAUGUUUUAACUUUUUUAAUUUGACUGUGUUUGACUGGUUGAAGACCUGCUAGAUCUGUUACUGAGACUUCAUGUUCUACCAGGGUAUAAACUCUAAAGGUUU